AAAACAAUGAGUAACAACACUAUGAACCGUACUGCUCUUAUUUUCGGUGCUACAGGCGCUGUCGGCAAACAAGUCUUGAAAAGUGUCUUGAAGGACGGAACAUAUACAAAAGUUAUCACGGUCGGAAGACGUAGUGUUGAAUUAGAGGACUCUGUUCCUCAAGAUAAACUGGUCCAAAAAACAAUUGACUUUGAAAACCUUGAUGCGCAUCGUCAAGACUUUAAGGAUGUAAACGACGUGUAUUGUUGUCUUGGAACCACUCGUGGAGCUGCUGGUAGCGCAGAAAAGUUCAUCAAGUUUGAUCAACAAUAUGUCCUGGACUCUGCAAAGAUCAUUGCCCAAGAAAAUAAGGUGGAUGAGAAUAAAUUGGCCCCUGUUCAUUAUCUUUAUUGUUCAACAAUGGGUUCCAAUAAGGAUUCGGUCUUUUUGUAUCCCAAGACAAAAGGACAAACCGAAGAAGCGCUUGGAGAAGCAGGUUUUGAAAAGGUCUCAAUCUUUCAUCCUGCCUUUUUGGAGCCUGUUGAACCUCGUAAACCCUUCAGACUUGUAGAAACCGUUGCAUUCGCCAUUUACAACCCAAUUAAUCGUCUCUUUGGUCUCAGUUACGUGACAUCGGUUGACACUGUAGGCGUUGCCAUGCAUAAAGUUGCGGAGAAUGCAUCCAUCAAGCCUACCGAUCCCAAGAAUAUCAAGAAAUCAACCAUUGGCUCUUUGGUCUCUCACUUUACCAACUCUGAAAUUCAUACCAUUGGCGGUGCACCAAAAUAAUUUUCGAAGAAAUAUAAUUUUUUUUUUUCUCAUCUCAUUUAACCC